CUGGGCUGCACAAGGAAGCAGAGAGGCCCAGAAAAGCAGAAGUGGGCACAGGCCAAUCGAACCCUCAGCGAGGAGGCUUGACCGUGUCCGCACGUAGGGCCUGGCGCUGCUGCAGGCUGGGUCUGUGCGGAGAAAUGACCCCGAGGAGGGGAGCCACAUGGCUGAUUUCAGCUCUGUUCCUUCUCCAGGUCCCAGGCUGUUUGUCUCUGAGCGGCCCCAGGCGCGUGACGGGCACCGUGGGGGGAUCGCUGAGCGUGCAGUGUCGGUACGAGAAGGAGUACACAGACCAUAAGAAAUACUGGUGCAAAGGCUUGUGUUUCUCACCACUGAAGAUGAAGAUUGUGGAGACCACAGAGUCAGAGAGAGAAGCGAGGCGCGGCCGCGUGUCCAUCAGGGACCAUCCAGCAAACCUCACCUUCACAGUGACCUUGGAGAGCCUCACAGAGGGCGAUGAAGGCAAAUACAGUUGUGGGAUCGAUAGACCACGGAGAGAAAAACUUACAGACCUCACCUUCGAGGUUGUGGUGUCUGUGUCCCCAGCCCCCACCCUGAAGAUCGUCACAAGCACCCUGAGCCCUUUAAGCACCCUGAGCCCUUCCUCCUCCCUGCCAGUGACCACCGGGCCCAGUGUGACCAGCCAGGAGGCACCUGAUGCCACCCAACACCCUCGGUCCCUGCUCAGCAGUGUCCACUUCCUGCUCCUGGUCUUCCUGAAGGUGCCCCUGCUCCUGAGCAUGCUCAGUGCUGUUCUGUGGGUGAACAGGCCUCAGCGGGCAACUUGUGAGGAAACACAGUUUGGCUAAGACAACCUGCCACUGUCCCUGCCCAGCGAUGUCCUAUCCAGAGACACAGCCACUCGGACUAGAGAAGACGGAACCUCAUUCCCGAACCUUACAUCCCUUUUCAGCUUAUCGCCAGAGACUUCAAAAAACAUGUCAAUGAAUAUAUCACCUACACAAACGUGUGUAUAGGAACAGUUGAAGGACUAAAAAUAGACAUCUGUGUACCUGACAUUCAGCCUAAGAAAUCAAACAUCAUUGAGACAUUUAAAGCCCCCACCUACUUCUCCCUGCCCUCAAGCCCCUCCUUCUCCUGCUGCCAGAGUCAACCACUCUCUGGAUUAGUUUGUGCCCAUCAUUUCUAUUCCCAACCUCAUGGGUAAGAAGGAAGAGCAUGCUUGUGGCAGUUCUUAAAGCCACCAAGAGAUGGCGCCAGAGGCAACUUUCACCCAACCUCUGGCUGGGGAAGGGGAGGGCUUUGUCCCUGUGCCACACACACAUGCCUGCACAGGACCCCAUCCCUGUGAACCCCAAAGGGACAGAGUUGGGCCCUGGCCUGGCAUCCCAUGAACAGCCUCAAAAUUAGUCUGUAACAUGAUCUCUACAUUGAAUGAUCUAUACAACCACAGGCUGUGCUGGUAGACGUGUCUAUGCUAUGUAUUUAUACAUGUGUUUUAUUCCUACUGAGCCGCCAGAAAGUUAACAUUUUAAUACAAUCGUCACCUUCUCAUUGU